UACUCAAUUAAAGACAAUAUCGUUAAACGGAGCCAGAUCCGCUUGAGCCUUCUUCGCCCGCGGUCUCCACAUUCCGUUCUGAACCUGUUCUGUUUGCUGACUUAAUUGAAAAGGCCGGCGAUAAUAAACAGAUUUUUCUUUUUAAUUUUUUUGAAGUAUCUCUAAUCUCCCUUAACCAUGUCUGACGAGGAAGAAGUUUACUCCGAAGAGGAAGAAUCUGAAGUUGAGGAAGAGGAAGUCGAACCAACGAGUAGGCGAGGUACUUUAACGGGAGAGGCACCCGCUGGAGAUCCAGAAUUCAUCAAGCGUCAAGAUCAAAAACGAUCUGACUUAGAUGAACAACUCAAAGAAUACAUUAACGAAUGGCGUAAACAACGUGCCAAGGAAGAAGAUGAGUUGAAACGCCUCAAAGAAAAACAGGCUAAGCGGAAAGUGUCUCGUGCUGAAGAGGAAAAACGUAUGGCUCAACGCAAGAAGGAAGAGGAAGAGCGUAGACAACGUGAAAUUGAAGAAAAGAAACAACGAGACAUUGAGGAGAAGCGGCAACGUUUAGAAGAAGCUGAAAAGAAACGUCAAGCUAUGUUGGCUUCCAACAGAGAAAAAGACAAGAAGGGUCCCAAUUUCACCAUCAGCAAAAAAGAUAACCAAUUCAACCUCUCCUCUGCCCAACUUGAAAGGAACAAGACCAAAGAACAACUGGAAGAAGAAAAGAGAAUUUCAUUGUCCAUCCGUAUCAAACCACUUGCCAUUGAAGGAUUCAGUGAACAUAAACUUCGUGCCAAAGCUCAAGAACUUUGGGAUUGCAUUGUUAAACUUGAAACAGAAAAAUACGAUCUUGAAGAAAGGCAAAAACGUCAAGACUACGAUCUUAAAGAAUUGAAAGAAAGACAGAAACAACAACUCAGGCAUAAAGCCCUUAAAAAAGGUUUGGACCCAGAAGCUCUCACUGGUAAACAUCCACCUAAAAUCCAAGUUGCCUCCAAAUAUGAACGACGUGUAGACACUCGAUCAUAUGACGACAAAAAGAAAUUAUUCGAAGGGGGUUAUAACACAGUUUAUGCAGAAAUGAUGGAAAAAACAUGGACUGAAAGAUUGGACCAAUUUAUGAAACGAAGUCGAGCACGAUUACCAAAAUGGUUCGGUGAACGCCCUGGCCGCAAACCUGGCGACCCAGAAUCACCUGAAGGCGAAGAAGAAGGCAAGAAGGAUGAUGACCUUGAACCAACUUAUGAACCUGAACCAGAGGAGGAAGAAGAAGAAGAGGAAGUAGUUGAAGAAGAAGUUGAAGAGGAAGAAGAAGAAGAGGAAGAGGAAGAAGAAGAAGAGGAGGAAGAAGAAGAAUAAGUUACUCGUAAUUAAUAUUAAAAAAUAACUAUUUUCACUCUGAACUGAUGCUGACUCAAUUUCCAAGUGGUUCCACCUGAGCGGCCGUCAUCUUAACAUCACAUAUUAAUUAUGUCAUGUAUACAAAACAAUUUGAUGCUAUAAGAAUUAUAUUUAAUUAUAAUUAUUA